AUGUCUGUCAGUAAGAAGUAUGCCGGUCUGCCGGAUCUGGACGCUGCCCCCGAGGUAUACGAGACGCCAGAACUGGCAGACGAUGUCUCGACGCUACCCACGGGGACAGUUCGCACAAUCUCACCCUCCCCGUCCGAUGACGGUGACGAUGACGAAUCCCGCCCGGGCCUCGAUCGCCAUCCACUCGACCGCGACGGUGCGCGGCGGCGGUUUGAGCCCUCGGUGGUUGACGCCCGGGACGUCGACUUCUCUGACUCGAUUGGGGGCACUAGACGCGCAUACCGGACGCGGAGUGCGCGGCGGAGAAGGCGGUGGCAUCAAGGAAAUGGGAUAGAGGACGGCGGCGACCCGAGUGACAGCGAGGAGGAGACGCUGGCCACCAAAUUGGCGAGACUGAAGCGCGAGGCCGAGGAGGUCAGGCUAGAGUUGGAGAGGAGGGAGAGGGAGAAAGAGAACGACAAGGACGAGGACGGGGAAUUUGAGGAUAGCCUGGAGGAGCAGCAACAACAACAGCAGCAAAAUCAAGGAAUUGGGGGCGCAGCUGCAGACGACCAAGACGUGGAUGUGGAUGGUGUGCGAGAACUCAGUCGGGUGUUGGACGGUUUGAGCUUGAAAGCGAGAUUGAAGACCGGCACCUCGGCGGAGGACGAAUUCCUGUCAAGAUUGAAGUCGAGUUCCCUGCAAGGCCAGCGCCAUCAGCAGAAAGAGAGUGGCACGAUGUCGUCGAACGCAGUGGCAGCAGCACAAGCUGCACCGGCCACCCUAUCUGCCGUGGCAACCUUUUCGGACCGUCUCACCGCCUUAGAAUCCGCCCUGGGCGUGGCCUCUACAAGCGCAGCUUCUCAGACUGGGGCCAUCCUCCCGAAUCUCGCCAGCCUGUCCACGCAGGUCACGACCUUAUCCGCCACGCUCGCACCACAAGCAACCGCGUCAGGAGACGCCCCGCCCACAUCUGCAUCUCAAGGCAACACGGCGCUGCUGGAGACCAUUUCCGCGCGACUCAAGACUCUGAUUAGCGAAUCCGACCGUCUGGCCGCCUCUCGCAAACAAGCCCUCGCGUCCCUGGCCGACCUCCACGACAAGCGGAUGCAACAGCUCGUCUCGGCGACGGUGCAUUCCAACACCCGCCCUCGCCUUCGAGGAUUCUCGACCACCAGCAGUAGUGUCGCGGGCGCGGCCGCCGCAGCCACCGCGCACGCCGUCGAGAGCAAACCGGGAGAGAACAUCGCUGCCGACGCCGCCGCCACCGCCGCGGCGGGACCCGGCGAGGAAUCUCUCCAGAUCCAGAGCAAGCUCUUCCUGGACGAGCAAUCCUCCAAGAUCACGGCGCUGUACAACGUCCUCCCCACCAUCCAGGACCUGCAGCCCCUGUUGCCCGUCGUGCUGGAGCGGCUGCGCACACUGAGCGUGAUCCACGACGGCGCGGCACAGGCCAAGGCGCUGGUGGACGCGUUGGAGAAGCGCCAGGGCGAGACCAGGGAGGAGGUUGCCCGGUGGAGGGAAGCGGUCGACACGGUCGAGAAGGGCAUGGCCGAGUUGGAAGGCGUCAUGAAGGAGAACGUCGAGAUUCUGGGAGGGAGAGUCAGAGAGGUCGAGGGUCGGAUUGGGACAUUGGAGCAGAGAUCAUAG